UUUGGCAUUUGUUGGAAUAGAUUCUGUUAUCUUUGGAUUAGAUAAAUUUAUUACACAUAAUUUAUUAUUCCUGACAAAAAUGGUAUAUUUACAUUUUCCUGCGAAUUUCACAGAGGAAGAGUUGAUGCUACAAACCAAAUACCAGAAGUUGAAAAAAAAAAAAAAAGCUCUCCAAGCAUUCAAGAUUCCCAAACCGGAACCUGAGAAACCUCUCAUUCCCAAAAGACCUGCAGAAGUAAGAGAUGCUAGAGAAGUAGCAAAAAAACUGUUGAAAUCAGGUGCUAUACAGGCUAUUCAAAAGCAACCUAAACAGCCAGAACAAGGAUUUAAGAGGCCUAGAGGGUUAGAAAGGAAACUAUUGAAUGACAAAGUUAGUGGUUAUCAACCAUUUUCAGCUGUGCAAAUGGAAGAUGGUCCUGAAAAUCCAGAAAAUAAACCACCCCGUAUAAAAAACUUAUAUGAAUCAUUCGCUAAUGCUAGAGAUAGAGAGGAACGAGGGUUUACAGAUAAAUUGAGGGAGAAGACAGAGAAACCUAGACAGGGAAAUACCAUAUAUGUUACCGGAUACAAAAUCACAGAAGAAUUUUUGAAGAAACAUUUCUCAACUUUUGGCAAUAUCGUGAAUAUUUCCAUGGAAAUAGAGAAAAAUCGUGGCUUCAUUACCUUCGAUAGAGUCGAAUCUGCAUCACGAGCAAUAGCAGAAAUGGACGGUAGCAUCGUUUCUGAAAUACAACUCAACGUAUCCUUGGCAAGGAGACAACCUCAAAUCGGGCCAACAACAGAUGCGCCAUCUUCAGCUGCUUGGGCGACUUUAGCAUCGAGUCAUUCACAAAAAGGAAAUCACAGGGAAAAUAGAGAAAUGAUCAACUAUGAUGAAAUGGAUUUGUUCGAUUGAAGUCACAUUGAUGUUUUCAGUUUCAGGACGUUUUGUACAUGUGGACGGAGUACGUACAUCAUAUUUGUACUGUUCUUUGUAUAGGGUUUUUCAAUAAGAGGUACCUGAUGUUGAAAGAUCAUAUUUAUAAUAGGCUGCCAUGGUUUGAUGACAGUGAGUUGAUGUGACAUUUCAAGUCAUUACAAGUUGUAAAAUGCUGCAAUACUCUGUAGAACAGCGUGCUGUCAUUGUGAAAACUUAUUAUGAAAAUAAGUCUUCUGCCAUAAAGACAUGUCGCAGAAUUCGUGAUUACUUCGGCCCAACAGAAAAAAACAAUUCGCAGUUUUGUGCCUAAGUUUGAAACUGAUGGAUCUGUCGCAAGAUGUAAAGUCUCCAGUGCGUGAGCUUACAUGCCGUUCUGUGGAAAGCAUUGCAGCGGUUUGUGAAAGUGUGGCUGCAGAUCCAUAAAUGUCUGUCCCACGACGUGGCGAAUUUCAACAAAAGAUUUGUCUCUUUACAGUUAACUCAAGAAUUAAGGCCAACCAACCACUUGCACCGCUGUUCGUUUGUUAAUUGGAUACUUCAAAAUCCGGCUGUCGAUAAUGAAUUUUGCAAAAGUGUAAUGUUUAGCGAUGAAGCCCACUUCCAUUUAAGUGGGUAUGUAAACACACAAAACUGUCGCAUUUGGGCAGUGAAAAUCAAAGAGGCAUCCACAAAAAGCCUAUGCACUCCCAACGUGUGACCGUUUGGUGCGGUUUGUGCAAUGGGGGUUUAAUCGGGCCAUAUCUUUUUUUAAAUGAAGACGGUCAAGCUGUUACCGCAAUGGUGAACAUUGCCGCGCCAUGAUUGAACGAAUUUUUGUGACCACCUUUGAGGGAUAUGGAAGUAUACAAUUUGUGGUUUCAACAUAAAGAGAAAACUAUGGCCUAAUUGCAGACGACCUUCAGGAGUAUAAAUCCCACCGCGAACUGGUGAUAUUAACUGGCCGCCAAGAUCGUGCGACCUAACGCUCCUCGAUUACUUUCUGUGGGGCUAUGUUAAAAGUAAGGUCUACGCCAACCAUCCAGGAACCAUUCUGGAUUCAAAACACGAGAAUCGAUUAUAAUUCGAGAAAUUCCACCACGAAGAUUUAGAGACGUAAUCUCAAAUUUUGCAAAAAGAUUUGUGUCAUGUCACAGAAGCCAUGGCGGCCAUUUGACAGAUAUUGUUUUUCAUACUUAAUUGUAAUGAGUUCUAUUGAAAAUUAUUGUAAGAGUAAGAAUAUUAAAAUUAUCUAGUU